AUGGGAAGCAAGGGUGAUGAUGCAGAGCUUCUCGAGGAGCUGAAGCAACAAGUGGAGGCCAAAUUCAACGCUGUUCUGAAGGCUUUUCUACAGAGUUGCACUAAAGAUCGGCGGGACAAGGUCAUCCAAUACAAGGAGCCGGACUUCAGCGAAUUGAUCACUUCUACAUCAGCUGCACACGCUGCAUCUGAGGUAAGGACCACUAAACCCAAAUAUGAUGAUGAUCCUUAUCCUACGCAUGCCGACUAUGGCACUAUGAUGAAUGAUCAUAAGAAAGUAAUUGAUAAUAAUCUUUUAGCUACGGUAAAUAUGAUCAUGACUCGUUUUGAUAAGUUAGAAGGGAAAACAAUCGAUGUUAACCAAUCGGGUGUUGCUUCUACUUCUAAACAACCUGAGUUUGGCAUGCCUUUAAAUUUUUAUGAGAAUCAAGGAUUAUAUGCAGCAGCAAACAAAGGCAAAUUGGCCCCUUUGGUGUUUGAAACCAAUAAGGUCGGUUUAGUCGGUGUUGCUCCAUCUUCACAAUUGGUUAUCUAUGUUCAAAAUUCGGCUCAAAACACACGAAUCAAUCGAAAAUCAGCAACAAACCGAGCUUCGACGGGGCAAAACAUGGUUCUACCUAACCCGCCGAAGUCACCAAGUCAGAUCCCUAUACUUGAUAAUACACCUACUACCGAUUUUAGCGAUACUUUGAAUCGGUUCAGAGAGGAAUUAUCUAAAUCACUUGAGGAAAGUUUGGGUGUACAAAUCAAGCCUAGUAGAACUACAUACCGCAAACCGUGCCCUUCGCAUUUUGAUUUCAUGAAAACACCUGAUGGGUGGAGGGUACUUGAUUUUAAUAAAUUUAGUGGUGAUGAUAGUAGAUCAACCAUGGAGCAUAUUAGCAUGUUUCUUGCACAAUUAGGUGAAGCUAGUGCUUAUGACUUCAUGAAAGUUCGUAAUUUCUCUUUAUCACUUACUGGCACAGUUUUUGCAUGGUUUACUUUAUUACCAUCUUGUUCUAUUGGUUCAUGGGUUGAAUUAGAAGAAAAUUUUUAUAAUCACCUUUAUAAUGGUGCUCAUGAAACUAGAUUGUCUCAUCUUGCAUCGGUUCAUCAAGGGCGUGAUGAGUUAGUCCUUGAUUUUUCAAACGAUUUAGAGAAAUCAAGAACCAAUGUUUUCAUUUGA